GAAUUCCGUGAGGCCCUGCGCGAAGCGUCGGACGAGAUGGUCAAAUUGGAGGUUAAAGAAGCCGGGAGGAAGCAGGCGUAUGUUGGCAUCGUCGCACCCUUGUUGGAGCAGUUCGGUUCGCACAUUUGCACCAAUGUCAUUCUGGGAGGGUACUGGAAGAUCAAAGCAAAGUUCGAGAGUGACUCGUCCACCUCUGUAAAUCGAGCUUCUUCAAUGGCGAGUGAGGCCAUCGAGACCGCUGCGGCGUGGAGUAUCAAAGGAGAGGCCAGCGUGGGCUGGGGCGGCCCCGAGGGCUGGGCAGGAUUGCUCUGGAAUGCGCUCGGCGGGCCCCGGAGCCAUGUCAGCGUCUCCGCCGAACACACUGAGAGCCACGAUACAUCGGAGUCAGAGAGCCACGCUAAGAGCAGCGAGACGGGCCUUGCCACAGAAAACUCAGUGAUGGACGUCUUCCAGGAGUGGAAAGGUGGCAUCAGCGGCGCAGCUGCUGCAGAAUGGCGCAAAAGCUUGGCCGACAGCGAAAACUGGAAGAUCAUCGACCGCCACGUUGAUGAGUGCUUCGGCACGUGGGAAUGGAUUGAUGAGAGCUAUCACGAAGAUCUGGCGCAAGCGAUGAAGACGUCCUGGGCCGACAAGUUCGUGGACAGCCUCGACUGGGGCAUGAAGGAGUCCAGCAAGCAGAGUAUCAAGAAGGCACUGUCCAACCAUUACGAGGGCAGCCUGUUUGUUCACCUGCAGCAUGCCUGUCACAAGCUGAAGGGAGUCUUGAGCAAGAGGAACCGGCACUGUGUGACCUUUGAGACACAAACGGCCACUUCGAAGUUCAUCCAAAACUACCGCGGGGAAGAAGAGCUGAGACUCAAUGCCUUUGCCUUCGCCCACUGCAAGCAGUCGGAGGACGGUUUCUCCGGUGCCUUUGCCUUGGGCUUCGUCAAAUCCCUCGGUAAGCCGGAUGAUUCGUCAGACGACUUCUCGCCGCGGUACGAGACGGCCAUUCUGAAAGAAGCCUUCACCAUGAACUGUCUUCGUGGUACCGCCAUGAAACAUUUCCCCAACGAGCAGAUUGACACAUUCUUCCCUGACAACAACGUCCCCAAAGCCUUUGUGAUCAUUGGCCAGGCACAAAAGGCUUGUCGCAGCCGUCACCUUGCUGCUGGCAUCGCGUUGGGCGAACUGGGCCUCCUGUGCUUCGAGCCCGAGGUGGUCCACUUUGAAUACAAGAUGAUGGUGCACCACAUUCCGAAGGAGCUGAAUCUUACCGCCUUGAACGUGGAAGCAUCGCAGUGGUGUCAAAGAAGAUCAUGGGACACUGGCUUUCCCACAGAGUUCCACUACAACGAUGACGGCAACACAAACAGAGGCUGGACGCAGUCGGCUGUGCUGCACAUGGCUUGUCUCGGCCUGAAGAGACCAAAGCUGAUGCCAAUGCAUCACCCUCAUCAAAGGUUCCGCGUG